AAACAAAGAUUCUGUUCUUGGCUCUGUCUUCUUUUCAACUUCAUUCCUCGGUCCUUGUCUUCUUUUUUGUCUUUCUUCUUAGCAUCGAUUUCCUGGUGAAGGUUACAUGAAUAAUUUUGGAGAUUGAAAGCUUCAUUAAGCACAUUUCCAUCUUGUAGCAUUAGCACUCAGCACUCUGAAUUGGAACAUUUAGUCAGUGAAAAUGGGUAGCAAAUUCGAAGCCGUUCGGGUUAUACUUCUUCUUUUGCUCCUUCUGUCUCCUGCAGUGUUUUCUGUGCCAAAUGACGGAUUAGUUAGAAUUGGAUUGAAAAAGAAGAAACUGGAUCAAAUCAACAGGGUUGCUGGACAAGUUGACUUUAAGGAAGGGAAACUAUCUAGGAAGUAUUAUCUUCCAGGAAAUCUUGGGGCAUCUGAUGACUCUGAAAUCGUUGCACUAAAGAACUACAUGGAUGCCCAGUAUUUUGGAGAGAUUGGUGUUGGCACACCUUCACAGACUUUCACUGUCAUAUUUGAUACAGGAAGUUCCAAUCUUUGGGUGCCCUCUUCAAAGUGUUAUUUCUCUGUUGCUUGUUAUUUUCACUCCAAGUACAAGUCCAGUCAGUCUAGUACCUACCAAAAGAAUGGGACAUCUGCUGAGAUCCAUUAUGGAACAGGAGCAAUUUCUGGAUUCUUUAGCGAGGAUGCUAUUAAAGUUGGUGAUCUUGUUGUUAAGAAUCAGGAUUUUAUUGAGGCAACCAGAGAGCCUGGCAUCGCAUUCUUGGCUGCCAAGUUUGAUGGCAUAUUUGGCCUUGGAUUUCAAGAAAUCUCAGUUGGGGGUGCUGUGCCUGUCUGGUACAAUAUGGUUGACCAAGGCCUUGUUACGGAACCAGUUUUUUCAUUUUGGUUGAACCGCAAUAUUGAAGGUGAAGAAGGAGGAGAAAUUGUAUUUGGCGGGGUUGAUUCUAAUCAUUAUAAAGGGGAGCACACACAUGUUCCAGUGACUCAGAAAGGCUAUUGGCAGUUUGAUAUGGGUGAUGUUCUGAUUGGAGAUGAAACAACCGGAUUCUGUUCCAGUGGUUGCGCAGCAAUUGCUGAUUCUGGAACCUCUUUGCUAGCAGGCCCUACGACUAUCGUUACUCAAAUUAAUCAUGCUAUUGGGGCUUCUGGUGUUGUUAGCCAAGAAUGCAAGGCAAUGGUUUCACAAUAUGGAAAAACCAUUCUGGAAAUGCUGGCUUCUGAGACACAACCACAAAAGAUCUGCUCUCAAAUUGGUUUCUGUACUUUUGAUGGGACUCAAGGCAUCAGUGCUCGAAUUGAGAGUGUAGCAGAUGAGAGCAUGGGCAAAUCAUCUGAUGGUGUCCAUGAUGCUAUGUGUACUGCUUGUGAGAUGGCUGUUGUCUGGAUGGAAAAUAAGCUCUGGCGAAACGAGACAGAAGAGCAGAUCUUGGAUUAUGUGAAUGACCUUUGUGAAAGACUGCCCAGUCCAAAUGGAGAAUCGACAGUUGACUGUAGAACUCUUUCUUCCAUGCCUAGUGUUUCAUUUACUAUUGGCGGUAAAGUAUUUGAGCUUGCACCUGAGGAGUAUGUUCUUAAAGUGGGAGAGGGAGCUGUUGCUCAAUGCGUUAGUGGAUUUACUGCUUUGGAUGUGCCUCCACCUCGCGGACCUCUUUGGAUUUUGGGAGAUGUUUUCAUGGGUCGAUACCACACGUUAUUCAACUACAAGAACAUGACAGUUGGGUUUGCCGAAGCAGCUUAA